AUGCUUCUCGCGGGGGGAUUCCUCCAAAGGAGAGACAAACAGGAAACUCAUGUCCAACGGGGCAAUUAUGAGAGGAAUGUGAAUUUGCUCCUCAACCAAUGCGAAGAGGGGAGGACGUUUAAAUUUGUGGUGAUCGUUAGGGGGGAAGAACUCAUCCUCAAGGGGAAGGCCUACGAAAAUGGUGCCUUCAUCGAGGUAGGGAAAUUUCUCCUGAACAAUACAGAUGGACCAAUCACCGCCAUACAGGUACACACUGGACAAGGAAACGAAGACUCCUUCCUUUUGGAAAGCAGCAUAAAAAUGAACAGAUAA